AUCUAGCGCUCUCGAGUGCUGGAAAACUAGCAAUGUAAGUUUUCGAGCUGAGUCGCGCUGCUCGGCAAAAUAGUUUCGUCGCUAGAUCACGGUGCGGCAUUUUCCAGCGCCGUUUAGUUUUGAGUGUGACUCGUCGGGCUUUGGAUCUGUUCCGCGGACAUGGACGUCCCAUAUCCCAUAUGGACUCCUUCUCGUUGGAGUUCCUUUUUAGUCUUUUGUUUUAUGCCUGUGCCUGUGCCUGUGCUUGUGAUUGUGGCCGGUACCCCCACCCCACCCCAUCCGAAGGGGAAGGGGAAGUGGGUGAUUUGUGUUUUUUUCGAGCGCGUUCGCUGUCGUCAUCGGCUGCGUCGCCGCUGCUGCAGCCGUUGCUCGGGGCUUUGAACUGUGGCUGGCGCGUUCAACGGCUUCUCCGCCUGUCGUCGGGAAGCGUGUAACUCCGAAACGAACCGUUCCGUUCGUUCCAUUAUCGCUCGAGCGAGCGAGCCGCCUGAUAGCCGUCGUCCCCCUGGUCGCCCGCUUCCAAUCAGUCAAUUGUCGUCCCUCUCCUCCUCCCCCUCCCCCUCCCCGUCUCCCACUAAUGAACAUUGAACUGCAAAUUGCAAAAACGUACCAAAAUAACAAACAAACGACGUUGUCGCUGACUGCUCUAGCGGGACUACCUCCUCUUCGCGCUCGUCUGAUUGCUCGUGGGGAUGGGGUACAUUAACCUUGCGUCCAAAACUCUCUGCUGCUGCUACUCCCACUCGUCUCGCUAUCGAUGUCUUCUAUCUGUCAGAGAUCACUGGAUGUUCCAGUCCGCGUCGCAGCACGCGCACGUAACGAGCAACAAACAGCAACUAACGUUAUUUCUGGAGCCCAAACGCUGUGGAAGCGGCAAAAUCCGCACAAGUCGCAAUCGGUGGCAGCAGCAGCGCCGGCUGCGGCAGCAGCAGGACCAGAACCCGAAGCCCAAAAGCCGAAGGCACGACGACGAAGUGCCUGCCGCCGGCACGAAGGAUGGAUGACGAGGACGAGGACGACGACGACGAUGACGCUGGCGCUGGCUGGAGCUUUGUUUUGGUGGUGGAGAAAGCAGGAGGAAGGUGCCUGAGACGGGGGGGCAGAGGAAGGGCGGGAGCCAGUGGCUGGAUGCUGGGAUGCUGCGCGUAAAGACACGCGACAAUGAAAUAGAAAAUUUAGCACACAAUUGAAGUCAUUUUACACAAACACACACACAGAGAUACCACUAGCUCACACAGAGCCAGAUACAGACACAGAUACAGAUAGACUGUGGCACACACAGGUACACGUAAAGUUGCCGAGCGGAGGGGGGCGGGGUGGGUCUGGGGGGGGCUACUACUUCUGCGGGGCCUUCCGUUUUGCGCCAAAAGCUAUGCUAUGUGCCACACGCUGCCGCUUGCUGCUGCUGCACUCUCGCGUCGUUCAAUGCCGUCUGGCUACUGCACCGGCCAGGCGGCGGCAGGCAGCAG